AUGGGGCAUUUUGCGACAAGAUGGUUUGCUGCGAUCGGCCUGCUCGCUCCUAUCGCCAGCGCUGCUUGCGAAUGUGGGUACGCUGCGAACAUCACCGGCACAGUCGAGAUCUUCACCGACCUCAUCGAGACCGACUUCACAAGGGUCAGAGAUAUCCAAAACAACACUGAUUGGGCACGGCAAGAGUUCAACAAGACCAACUCAAAUGCCAGAGGUCCCCUCGGAGAGAACUUCACGCCGACAAAUGUCGCCUCAGUCCACCAAGGGUCGAGUUCCUUCGGGCUGAGCUCGACCAAGACCGAUGCUGGACUGCAGCUGCUAGUUGAGAGCUCGACUCGGGACGGGCUGGUACCCGGCGCGGAGAUCGAUACGGUGAGGAAUGAUCUCCAAUACGGAUCGUUCCGUGCGAUGAUGAAGGUGCCAGAUGUAGCGGGAACAUGUGCUGCCUUCUUCUGGUACUACAACGACACUCAAGAGAUAGACAUGGAGUUUUUGACAAGAGAGUUCAACCCGGCCAACAAUUCUUUCCCCGUCAAUAUUGUCCUGCAGUCGCGCGCUGCGAUGGAAAAGGGCUACGAUGCGGCGGGAACAGGCAACUUCAUCAAGACCAACCUGGGCUUCAACCCAACCACGGACUUCCACGAGUAUCGCAUUGACUACCUCCGCGACGAAGUCAUCUUCUACGCCGACGGCACCGUGAUCGGCAGUAUGAAUGGCAGCGCCGUGCCUGCCGAGGGCGGCCACUUGAUUCUUCAGCACUGGAGCAACGGAAACCCUCUGUGGUCUGGUGGCCCCCCGAAGAAGGACGCAAUUCUCACCGUGGCCUCCGUCAAGGCCUACUUCAACUCGUCACUUGACAGCCGCCAGGAUGACUAUCAGACUCGCUGCAUCGAUCCCGCGGCGCCGGACGCCGUUUGCCCUAUUCCCGAUGUCCCGUCCUUCUUCUUCACUGCCCAUACGAACAUGACCAACAACCAGACCGUAUCUGGGCAGCCCCCGCCGGGAGGUCACAAGGACCAGGACGGCCAAGCUAGCCAGCAAGGGACCGCCUCGGUGGAGGCACCUUCGUGGGCUAUGCUCAUCAGUGCGGUUUUCUUAGGCGUCUGGUUCAUUUGA